UUUCAAUCUUUUUUAUUUUUUUCUGUCUUGCAUUUCGAGCACCCGCGGAGGGGUGCGCAGCCCCCCGCUACUUCACUCCGGGCACAUCUUCGCCCCUUUUGGGGCGGCUUAGCCCCUUCGCCUCGUUUUUUUUUUAACCCCCCACCCCUCCACGGCCACUCCAAUGCUCAACAUGACCGAGGAGCACGACAAAGCGCUGGAGGCUCCGUGCAGCCCCACCGGCACCACCAGUUCCAUGUCCCACGUGGACUCGGAUUCCGACUCGCCGCUUUCCCCCGCCGGUUCCGAGGGUCUGGGCUGCGCCCCCGCAGCCGCUCCGCGUCCUCCCGGGGCCGCUCCGUUGGGCUCUAAGGUGGACGCGGCCGAGGUUGAUGAGCGCUUUCCCGCCUGCAUCCGCGACGCCGUCUCGCAGGUGCUGAAGGGCUACGACUGGAGCCUGGUGCCUAUGCCCGUCCGAGGCAACGGAUCGCUCAAGGCCAAGCCGCACGUCAAGCGGCCCAUGAACGCCUUCAUGGUCUGGGCGCAGGCCGCCCGCAGGAAGCUGGCCGACCAGUAUCCGCAUCUGCACAACGCCGAGCUCAGCAAGACCCUGGGCAAGCUCUGGCGCUUGUUAAGUGAAAACGAGAAACGUCCCUUUGUGGAAGAAGCUGAGAGGCUCAGGGUCCAGCACAAAAAGGAUCACCCGGAUUAUAAAUACCAGCCCCGGAGGAGGAAGAGCGUGAAAGCCGGGCAGAGCGACUCCGACUCGGGGGCAGAGCUCAGCCACCACGCCGGCACCCAGAUCUACAAGGCAGACAGCGGGCUGGGGGGCAUGGCUGAUUCGCACCACCACGGAGAUCACGCAGGCCAGACCCAUGGGCCACCCACCCCACCCACCACCCCCAAAACCGACCUCCACCACGGCAGCAAGCAGGAGCUGAAGCACGAGGGCCGCCGCCUCGUGGAAAGCGGUCGCCAGAACAUCGACUUCAGCAACGUGGACAUCUCGGAGCUGAGCAGCGAGGUCAUCAACAACAUGGAGACCUUCGACGUGCACGAGUUCGACCAGUACCUGCCGCUCAACGGCCACGCCGCCAUGCCGGCCGAGCACGGCCCCGGCGCCGCCGCCGGCUCCUACGGCACCUCCUACUCCCACUCCGCCGCCGGCACCGCCGGCACCAACCAGGUCUGGACUCACAAGAGCCCUGCCUCGGCCUCGCCGUCGUCGGCCGACUCUGCCCAGCAAAGGCCACACAUCAAAACGGAGCAGCUGAGCCCCAGCCACUACAGCGACCAGUCCCACGGCUCCCCCCCGCACUCCGACUACGGCUCCUACAGCGCCCAGGCCUGCGCCACUACCGCCUCCACCGCCACGGCCGCCGCCUCCUUCUCCAGCUCCCAGUGCGACUACACGGACCUGCAGAGCUCCAACUACUACAACCCCUACCCCGGCUACCCCUCCAGCAUUUACCAGUAUCCCUAUUUCCACUCCUCCCGCCGGCCCUACGCGACGCCCAUCCUCAACGGCUUGUCCAUCCCGCCGGCUCACAGCCCCACCGCUAACUGGGACCAGCCGGUCUAUACGACCCUGACGAGGCCUUAAAGGACGUGUGGAGCUCCCCUGAGGGCUUCCCCAACAUAUGCACUAAUGAAGGAAUGGAAGAGGAAGAGCGUGGAGUGCCCUGAUAGUUUCCAAAGUGCCUCCUGAGCCACUGGGAACUCUGCUCGCUGCGGCUGGACGGUGUCCCCUUUGCUUCGAAACUCCGAAAGGACAGAGCUCUAUUUUUUAUUCUUCUUUAAUGAGUACAGUUUUAAAACAAAAGAGAACUAAAAACAAAACACAAAAGACAAAGCAGAAUUGCUACUAAAAGGUAAUUGAGGAAAGGGAAAUGAGAAAGGAGAAUGAGGUCAAGGAAAAGCAAUUCCUUUCCAAUAAAUGAAGGACAAGACCGUUCGACUCCUCUGUGAGGACUGAACUUACUCCUCGUGGAAGCUGACAAGUGCAAAAGCGGAGCAGGGAAGGAUGGGGAAGGGGGAGGGAGGGGGAAGAAAGCAAG